UGCGGCUGGACUGGCAGAAGAAAGGACUGACUCCCGCUUAAAAUUUCUCUCUCCUCAUUUAAAUAUUUUGGAUUUUCUCUCUCUCUGCUCGUGGAAGAGCAGGCAGAGAACGAGCUGCACUUCCUCUGUUUCGUUCUCAGCGCAUCCGCCUCCGCCCUCUCGUCUAAUCUUCCGUCGACGACUUGCUUUCCGCUCUGCUCGAAGCUGGUCCAUCCUGGUCGGUCGUCCGUCAUCAUCUUCACUCCGCUGAUUCGAAGAUCGUAGAAAUCGGAGACGCCGGCGAUUUGGUGAUGAACACUUCAAGGGAAGGAGCUUCGAUCGGAGAUGGCGGCCAAUCAUCGCAACGAGGCGAGCGGCGGCGGCGUCGGCAGAAGGGGAGAGUCGGUGGUCGUGGAGGGCGGCGUGGAGUGCGGCCGGCCGGGGAGCUUUUGCGAGUACUGCAGAUCGCCAAAUGGGUCCACCGUUUCUCACGGAUGGGCCACUAGUUUGUCUGCUUAUGAAAGCGUUGUGGAUUCAAAUAUUCCUUUCUUUAAUGUUGUUAUUGAGAUGACUGAUGUUGGUCACGAAACUCGGUCGUGUAAGAAAGCCCAGAUUAUGAGGCUUGAAAUUCUAAUCAUGUAUUGCACCAAAAAGCAGAGCACAUGCAAGAUAUCAUGGGAUUGCUCUUUAAAUACAUUGACAUCUUACACCAGUCUGGCGUUUGCGAGUGGAUUUAUGACGAGCUCAUCCUGUGCAAGAGGACAACCAGAUGCUCUCUGGACUCUUUGAUGGUCGCCUUGCGAUGCCUUUACCUGCAUUUUGUUUGUGGAAUCACUUAGUCAAGAAUGAGAGAAGCGAUUAUUGGGCCAAAUUUUGGACUUUCAAAAAUUUGUUGUAAUUGGCAAGAGUUGACCCUUCUUCAUCUCAUACCGUUCUUUUAGUGUAUUAGGGAUUGAUGAGCAUCUUCGUGAAAAUAACUAAAAAAGACAGCUGAGUAUCUGGAGUGCAGGUUCAAUAUGUGCCCGAUAUCCUAUAAGUUAAGAAAUAAGUUGCACAGUUCUCUAUUAUACUUGUGUCAAUUUCCUAUCCGCGGCCUCAUUUUGUCAUGCAUGAUUGCCAUCAAACUAGUUUCAUUUUCUAUCAAUAACUGCUGAUUCCUGGUUAGUUUUAGCACAUUCAUCAACUGAGGUAAGAGUGGAAUGAUAUACAAUGCCUGCAUCAACCUAUAGAUUUUUUGCUUGUGGCUAUUGGUUAUUCAUUUUUUCUGUCCCAUGCCAGCAUAUAGAUACUUUAUCUUGCUACAGAAGGCCCCAGCCCACUACCCAUCCAAGGUUUCUUGAAUGUGUUAUGAAUUAUUCUGACUAUCUGAUUUGCCUGCCUGGGUGAGAGAAUCAGCUUCUUUUAUGUAGAGAGUUCUAGCCAUAGGAAAAAAAUACACACAUAUAUGUACAUUUAUUUUGUGUGUGUAUUUACAUACAUAUACAAAUCGGGCAUUGAUUCAAUGCAGAAAUAUUUUUUCACAUCCUUAUUCCUCCAGUAAGUGGGGUUCUCCAUUUACAACAUGCUCACUCUUUU